AUGAGUGGCAAUUACAAGGGCGAUGUUACGCCGAUGGGCUAUAAAUGGCGCUCCUCCAAAUGGUUUGUACUAGCAACCAUUGCAGUCGCGCUGUAUGCUGAGACCUUUCUUUAUGGAUUUCUGGUGCCUUUCCUCGGCGACAUGCUUCAACAUCGUCUCAACGUCCCGCCCUCUAAAACCCAACAGUUGACAUCAUCCGUUCUUGCUAUCCACGGCGCAUUCGCCAUGAUCGCUGGCCCUAUUAUUGGGCACUUCAACGAUCAGACUCCUAACCGUAAGGUUCCACUGCUAUUAUCGCUUGGCGUCUGCAUUGCUGGCACCUGUACGGUUGCGGGUGCUCGUUCAGUCCCUAUACUAUUACUAGGCCGUGUCUUGCAAAGUAUCGCGGGAUCAGCAGUAUGGAUCAUCGGCUUCGCAACCGUCGCGGACACCGUAAGUGCGAAGAAUAUGGGUUCGGCAAUGGGAUUAGUGAUUUCAUUCGCCAACUCAGGGACGAUUAGCGGGCCCGCAAUCUCUGGUCUGCUGUACGAGAUUGUCAGUUAUCGCGUGUUGUGGACAAUUCCGCUACUGGUUCUACUUAUAGACCUUGUCGCACGUGUACUUAUGAUUGAUCGUCCGUCCAAAGUCUCAUACUCUGGGCCCAAUAGCCCGCUGCUAAAUCAAGAAGUUCCAUCCAGCACCGGGGGCUUCUGGCUCUCGCUGUUCUGCAACGGCCGUAUCCUAAUAUGUUUGCUUAUCACAUGUUCGAGCAUGACUGUGAGUACGAGCCUUUAUUCGACGCUUCCUUCGCAAAUCCAAGACAGGUUUGGAUGGGGCCCAGAUUCAGCCGGGCUCCUGUUUGCUGGUCUUGCUGUUCCAGGUAUUCUGGUCGGUCCCCUUGCUGGUUGGGUCCGUGACAGGGUUGGGGCACGAUACCCAGCGGUAAUCGGUGCUAUUCUCCAGGCGUUAUUUUUAAGCCUCUCGGGAAUCGCAGGGAGCGAUAGUAUCUCCUGGUUUAGUGCCCAGACUAGCGGCAAAAGAAUUUACUCAACUUCUGUCAUUGCUAUCGGCAUAUUGCGACCAUUUGUGUCUGGUAUCGCGCCUGCCGAGUUGACUGGUAAGUGGCCCUUGUCCCAAGGAUUUUUGUGCGACGAUAAUAAAUAG